CAUCCUCGUAUCACAACACAUUAUUCUGUUGUAUCACGAGAGAAUGAUCCUCGAUGGGAAGGUAUUGAUAUGACUCGUGAGGCUGAUGAAUGUGAUGUUGUAAUUGUGGGGGCAGGACCAGCUGGUCUUUCUGCAGCUAUUAGACUUAGACAGCUUAGUGAGGAGAGUGACAAAGAUAUCAGAGUAUGUGUGGUGGAAAAGGCACCAGAAGUUGGAGCACAUACUUUGUCUGGGGCAGUAUUAGAGCCAAGAGCAUUAAUGGAGUUAUUUCCUGAUUGGAAAGAGAGAGGGGCUCCACUCCACACUCCAGUGACAGGUGAUAGAAUGGCAAUCUUGACCAAAAAAAGACGCAUUCCCAUACCAAUUAUUCGUGGUCUCCCAAUGAACCAUGGCAACUAUAUUGUGAGACUAGGAAACGUUGUACGUUGGUUAGGAGAACAAGCUGAAGCAAUGGGAGUAGAAAUAUAUCCUGGAAUAGCUGCUAGUGAAGUAUUGUAUCAUGAGGAUGGUAGUGUUAAAGGUAUAGCUACUGUUGAUGUUGGAGUAGCUAAAGAUGGAUCACCCAAGAAUACUUUUGCAAGAGGUAUGGAACUACAUGCUAAGGUCACCUUGUUUGGUGAGGGUUGUCAUGGUUUUCUAGCCAAACAGCUUUAUAAAAAAUUUAACUUAAGACAAAAUUGUCAGCCACAAAACUAUGGAAUAGGAUUGAAAGAAUUAUGGGAAAUUGAUCUGGCAAAACAUAAGCCAGGCUUAGUAGAACACACUGCUGGUUGGCCUACAGAUCGGAGGACAUAUGCUGGGUCAUUUAUGUACCAUCAUGAAGGGUCACCUCAAGUGUCUUGUGGAUAUGUGAUUUCUUUGGAUUAUGCCAACCCAUAUCUGAACCCAUUUAAAGAGUUUCAGAAAUGGAAGCAGCAUCCAUCUAUUCGUCCUAUCUUUGAAGGAGGUACAAGAAUAGGAUAUGGAGCACGUGCACUCAAUGAAGGAGGAAUACAAAGUAUUCCUCAACUUGCUUUUCCUGGUGGUGCUCUGAUGGGCUGCAGUCCAGGUUUUAUGAAUGUACCUAAAAUUAAAGGUACUCACAAUGCUAUGAAGUCUGGUAUGUUAGCUGCAGAGUCUGCAGAAGCCCUCCCUGAGUAAGAUCAGAAUGAGACUUUAACUUCAGGUCUCUAUUUGGAUACAUACGAAGAAAGAGUAAAAAGCAGUUGGGUAUGGAAGGAAUUAAAGCAAGUCCGUAACUUUAGACCUGCUUUUCAUUCUCCUCUUGGCUACUGGGGUGGAAUAGCAUACACAGGAAUUUUCAUUUGGAUGUUACGAGGCAAAGAACCUUGGACAUUUCGAAGUCAUGUCCCUGAUCAUGCCCAACUACGACCUGCUCAAGAUUGCAAACCUAUAGAAUAUCUUAAACCAGAUGGAGAAGUCAGUUUUGACCUUUUGACCUCUGUAGCUCUAACUGGCACAAACCACGAACACGACCAACCUGCUCACCUGACCUUAAUGGACGACAGUGUUCCUGUUGAGAGGAAUUUGGCAGUGUUAUUUGACAGUCCUGAACAAAGGUUUUGUCCUGCAGGAGUUUAUGAAUACGUACCCUUGGAGGUAGGAGAAGGGAUGAGACUCCAAAUCAAUGCACAGAAUUGCAUUCAUUGUAAGACAUGUGAUAUUAAAGAUCCAAGUCAAAAUAUUAACUGGGUAACACCUGAAGGGGGUGGACCAGCCUAUUCAGGAAUGUAA